GGCAAGAAUGACAAGAUGGCGCAAAUCAAAACAUAACAACCACGUGUCAAAAUGUCAAACCGAAAGUAUACGUAUGAUGCAUCAUCAAAACACAUCACAUGUCAACUGGGACAUGCAUGUUAAAACGCUAUAUACAUUAAUUGACUACUGCCUGUCAAACUGUCUCGUGAAUGUUGAAUCGACGCAAGGCUAUCAUAUCAAGUUCUAAUCUGGCAAAUGUGGUGACAAUAAUAUUACUGCUUGUGUGAUCAUGCAGAUACACCUGUAAAAGUGCUCCUGUUGUUUGCUGACUAGGAAAACAUGAUGGACAUGGCUUUAUGUCAACGCCUAUUCAAGUGUGUCCAUCAACACACUGUUUCAUUCGCAGCAAUCUGUUUCAUCUUCAACAAGCAACAUUACAGAGGCAUCAGCACAAAUGACCUGUCUAAAGAAGAUCAAGCAGCACUUUAUGUCCAUUGGCCAUAUUGUUCCAAGCGAUGUACAUACUGCAACUUCAACAAAUAUAUCAGUCGGAAUGUAGACAAUAUACGGAUGACAAAGUGCCUUGCUAAGGAGACAAAAACCCUCAUGGAAUAUAGCAGAGUCAGCAGAAUCAACUCCAUUUUCUUUGGCGGAGGAACACCCAGUCUUGCUGAGCCAAAGACAAUAGCAACGGUAAUUGAAACUGUUAACAAGACAGGACAGCUGCUGCAUCCAGAAGCAGAGGUCACCUUGGAGGUUAACCCCACUCUCCUGGAGACUGGAAAGUUGAGGGAGUUCAGGGCCGCUGGUGUUAACCGAGUGUCUAUUGGGGUACAGGCUUUAAAUGACACAGACUUAAAGGCUUUAGGCAGAGAACACAGUUCACUGGAUUCCAUGAAGUGUAUAGAGGAGGCAGUCAGUCUGUAUCCCGGACAGGUGUCUGUAGAUGUGAUCUUUGGUCGGCCAGGUCAGACCCUCGACAGUUGGAUCACAGAGCUCCAACAUGUGCUGUCUGUGAGUGACAAACAUAUUUCUCUAUACCAGCUGACUCUAGAAAGGGGCACACAACUCUUCAAGUGGGUCGAAAGUGGACACAUGGAGUUGCCGGACGAUGACACAAUGGCUGACAUGUAUCUGGAAGCAGUGAAGACUUUGGAAAAGCAUGGCUUUGAACAGUAUGAAGUAUCUAACUUUGCCAAAAAGGGAGCAAGGAGUGACCACAACACAGCCUACUGGACAGGACAGCAGUACAUAGGAGUAGGACCAGGAGCUCAUGGCCGGUUUGUCCCGCGUGGUUUGAGGCGCACUAUUAGGGAAGCUCGGAUACAAACCCUAGAGCCCCUUAAUUGGAUGUUUGAGGUAGAGAGGGAUGGUCAUGCGACACGUCGAGUGGUGGAACAGACAGACAUAGAUAUUUUGAAAGAAUUAGUUGCUCUGGGCCUAAGGACAAAGGAAGGAGUUACACAAGAGAGUUGGAGUGAGCGUUGUCCUAAUCAUACUCUCCGGUCAGUGUUUGAAGGGCCAGCAGUCGUCUCACUGAUCAGUCAACAAUUCCUCAUCCUUGACAACAGAGGCCUGAGGACCACAAGAAAGGGAAUGCCCUUAUUGGAUGCAAUGUUACCAGAUCUUAUUCUUGCCAUUGAGACUAAAUUUCACAAUUUUUCAACCAAUCAGAUACAAGAUAAUUGUUACAGAGACUGUGAUAAAGGAGACCAAGAUAUGUCUGUAGGUAAAAACAAUUCAAGAUAACACCUUGUCCAGCAUGAUAUGAAGAUAAUUGGAUAAGUGAUAUGGUUCUUGCAUGAAAUAUCAUAAUACUUCCAACUUUUAUGUGAAAAUAAACGUACAUACAUGUGCUUCAAUCUUACUACUGUCUAGUUAUCUAACAAGAUGUCAGGACAGGACCAAGCAUGUGUCGUUUUAUAGAACAAGUGUUGGAAACAUCACUGGAGUAUUGAAUUCAAAGAGAAAUUCAGGGUUUUAUAUCUCGGCAAACAAGCCUGACAUAGUUUUUCAGACAACCUCAAAGAUUACCUGAUAAAUUUUGGUACAUGUCAGAGAGUACAUGUCAUUAAUGGCACAUGUCAUUAAAUUGCAUGUAAAUUAUAUGUAGAUCACGUAUUGAUAUGUGUCAUAGAUUCAAUAUAUGUACAUGUUAUAUACGCCACACACAAAUAGUUGUUUGGUAAUGCAUAUUUAUUUACAGGAUUUCCAAAGAAUGUAA